AUGGUUCUUAUUCCAGCAAAGUCCCUGAAACAUCGAGCUGUGGUUCAUUACGGAUACGAGUUCGACUACAGUGCUAAUGCUGCUUUUAAGCCUACUGAUCCAAUUCCUGAUCAAAUUGCAAGACUAGUGGAUCGUAUACUUAACGAAGGCCUUCUUCACUUUCGACCAGACCAGGUUACAGUCAACGUUUAUGAGCCUGGCCAAGGAAUUCCCUCUCACUACGAUACGCAUUCUGCCUUUGAGGACCCCAUCGUCUGUUUGAGGAGUCCACAAGUCCAAGCCGAUUAG